AUGAGUAACGACAAGAACCAUCCCUCUUCCAGUGAUCCUUUGCGCAAGUGCAGUGGUUCUGCACUUCAAUUGGGCCCACAUAAAAAAGUGGCUUCAUCAAAUCCCCUUGUCCUGCAUGGCCAACAUUUUGGUCGGACAGAUUUUGCCUUAUGCAACUAUCCUGCUCUUCUAACUGCAGGGAUCCUCCGACUCGAAGAAUUGCAAGACUCUCCUAUAGAGGAUUACCCAGUGGAGGUGUUCAUGGAUUUAAUAGAUUCAUAUCCUGGACUUUUAAAUCAUUUGACCUCAGGCGAGGAAGAAGACAUUAUCCAUGUGGGAGAAUUGCUAGGUAAAGGAGCUUCUGUUCUUGAAUGGCUUGUGCCCAGAGGAGAAGUUGUCAUACCGCCUCUCUCCCAAAACAUCAAGUCUGACCGUGGGUUUAAUCAUGAAAUCACCAGGCUUGACUGGUCUGGAUGCAGCAUAAUCAGAAUUAAGCUGAGCCUCAAGAGUGGUGAAACCGCAGUUCGUGGUGACCAGUGGCUCAUGUUUCUUUAUGCUAGGUAUGACUAUGAUCUUGAAGAUCCAUGGAAGGGCUUACUCAGGAGCGAGAUACUAAUUUUCAUAACUACGCGCUCCAGCAAUGCUUACCUUCACGGCAUAAAAUCUGUAACCAAAGGCUCCCUCGCCUAUAUUGCUACACAGGUUUGGUUUUCGUUAAGUUCAUUGUCAGUAUUUUCACAAACCGACACCGUCACGGACUCUGAAAAUUUUUAUAACAGCAUUCUUGACCUGUUGGAGGAUCCCAAUGAAAGUGAGGAGGUUGUUGACCUCAUGAUGUGGUGGACGCAGCGCAGUAUCAGCGAAAACAGUGCACUGUCGAAAAUUUGGGCAAAAUGUGCUGCCUUGCAAGAACAAGCCAAUACUGACACUACUUAA